GAGAGAGAGAGUGUGUGUUUGUAUGAUAUCGCGCGACUCGUUUGCGUGUUCAGCUUCGGGCUCGUUUUUAUUACUAUUAUAAUUAUUGGACAAAAAGACUGGAUGCGUUUGUAAAGAAGAACUCCCGGCUGUUUUUUCUCUAUUUUUGUAUUUAUUUUUUGUGUUUUUUAUUUUUUCUUUUUGCGGAGAAGACUUCACACCGGAUCUGUUCGAUGCAUUAGAGAAAGAAGAACAAGCAGCUUGUGCAUUUUUAUUUACUACUUUUUUAAUGUUCAUGUUUAAAGGAAGACAUCACCAGAAGACGUGACUGAUUUUUUUAAUUGUGUCACAUUUUUUGGAACAAUUCUUCUUCUUCAUGCAUUAGGAGAAGAAACAAGAAAUUUCUACCUUGCCCGUUUGUUAGAUCGGUAUUAAACACAUGCAUUAAGUACUGUGUGUGUGUAUCGGACACUUCUGCCUCAUGCAUUAGCGCCGCGUCUCGUGCGCGGUCAAUUUGUUUUUUUGAAUUUUUUAAAUUGUUUUUCUUCUUUUUUUUUUUUUUUUCUUGGAGUUGUUUUGUUUUUCCGACGCGUCAUGUCGUAUCCUCAGGGUUACCUGUAUCAGCCCGCACCGGGCUCUCUGGCUCUCUACCCGCUUAGGGGUGAAGAGCUCGAGCUGGCCGCGCGCUGCUCGUCUUCUUCCUCCUCGUCUUCCUCCUCUUCCUCCUCUUCGUCCACGGGUUCUGCCUUCACUCCGUAUCCCGCGUCCGCCGCCUUUACCGCCUCCGCCACCGGCGGCUUCGCCAGCGCGCUGAGCUACCACACCGACCCGGCCACCGGCUUCCCCUCCUACAUGGCCUCCCCGUAUGACCCCCCUCCCCCAGCCAUGGCGGCUCCGCUCGGUUUCCCGCCAUACGGCAGUGCGGGUUUCCCGCCGCCCCCGUACCAGCUCAACGACCCUGCGUACCGCAAGAACGCCACGCGCGACGCCACGAGCACGCUGAAGGCCUGGUUGAACGAGCACCGGAAGAACCCGUACCCGACUAAGGGCGAGAAGAUCAUGCUGGCCAUCAUCACUAAGAUGACGCUCACGCAGGUGUCCACGUGGUUCGCCAACGCCAGGCGGAGACUCAAGAAGGAGAACAAAGUGACGUGGGGCGCGCGCGCCAAGAGCGAGGACGAGGAUGAAGAGGAAGGUGCGCGCGCCGAACGGAAAGAUGAGGAGGAAGAGGACGACGAUAAGCACGCGGACAACGGAGACGCGUCCGCCGAGGAUGAGGGCAUCAGCCUACACGUGGACUCUCUGACGGACCACUCGGCCGAGUCGGACGGAGAGAAAGUUCUCUGCAGGAUCGACGAUUUUUCCUGCAAACCUGCUCCUGAAACAAAAGAGAAGCACUCUGAGAUCGACCUGACUUCGCCUCACGGGGGUCACGGACGUCUGUCACCCAAACCCAUGACCUCAUCACCUCUGACUGGGGUGGAGGCGCCUCUCUUGGAUACACAUCGUGACAAAAACAAGAGCUGUGCUGAUGUCCAGAGCCAAAACACCAAGCCCAAGCUCUGGUCGUUGGCAGAAAUUGCCACUUCAGACCCAAAACAGCCGCUGCAGAGCCAGAACUGCCCCUCAGGGGGUGGGAUUUGGACCUCUAGCCAAUCAGGCGCAGCUCCCUCGGCUUCCAUUUUGGCCAGGCCGAUUUAUUACACAUCGCCUUUUUACAGCAAUUACGCCAAUUACGGAAACUUUGGGCAAGGAAUCCUGCGCUAUGGCUCGAUCCAUAAGCACACCCCUGAGACAGCGAUGCUAAAGGCUAAUCAUGCUAACCACAUCCAGGCAGAGCAGCACUUCAGAGCCUUGAGCACGGAGGCUAAGAAAGACUCUGGUGAUGCGUGCACGCUUGGACCUCAUUCGUACCUCUCGAGUUAAAGACGAAGGCGACAAGAAAGUUGGCAUCAUCAAACGAGCCAUCCUCCUCCUCAUCCUCCUCCUCUUCCUCUUUAAAUGCUGGCAUUAAAUCAUUUCCUCGUACACCGGAUCGUAUUUGGUGUUUCCAGUUAUAAAUUUUUUUGAUGAAUAAGGACCUAAAGCAACUGAAGGUGUGUUACUGGACAAGACGUGUGUGUGUAUUUCAUUGAUUAAAAUUAUUAUCUAAGCCGUAAAUAAGGACACGGUUUCUCAGGAUCCCGAGGUUUGGCUCGAUUGCCACCCUGACGGUACGCGAUAAACGAUGACGUUUAUUAGAAGACUUUUUUUUGGCAGUUGAGACAGAUGUGACGCAGGAAGAAGACAUGGCAACUGGUGAAGAGUGGAAUAUUUGAUAUUUAUUUUUGUAAAUGAGGGCGAGUCGCCUGUAUAAUUUAUGCAAGUUGUAUUGCAACAACACACAAAAAUCCGAUGUUUUGUUUGUUUUGUAAAUAGGUGGCGGUUGGUUUUUAAUUUAAAAAGAAAAACUGUAAAAAGGAUGAGGGUGUACACAAAAUGUUGUUAAACAAGAAGACUUUUACUAAUUUAUAUCUUGCAUUGUAAAUAAAAAGAGACGUGCUAAUGCGCACUGGCUAAUUUCAAAGGGGCGCUUUGUUUGGGUGUGUGCGUGUGUUUUAGAUCGGCAUAAAAAUGUUUCUUCUUUUUGUCCUUGUAGUUUGCAGAACAUAUGCAAAUUUAUUAAGAAUAUUAAGCCCAAUUAAACAUUUUGUAAGCUGGACAUGAAAGAGCCUGCGUUAGUUAUUAAA